AGCAUUCUGUUCAGUGCUGGAAUUUGGCAUAAAGUUAAGUCAUAGGCAAACUGCACGCAUGUCCAAAGUUAUGGAAUCACGACAUUGGACGCAGAUAUUGCGCAUGUAUUUCGCUUGGUAACACGGUAAUACGUAACUCUUGCGUGGUUGCGCCCCCUUUUACAACCUUGAAAGUUUAGCGCCACAUUGUCUCAAGGACUCGAGCUAUCAUUUUUUGGCUUGAAUUCAGGAACUUUGUUUACCAGCCACAAGACAUUUUGUGUUUGAUGAAGAAGGACGUUGUGUUCUAGUAGUCAGUACAUUUCGCUAAAACUCGGCAACAACAAGUGAAUCGCAGUUGCGAAUUUUUAAAAUGGCUUUCCUUAUUCUCAAGCCAUUAUUUUGUUUGCUAAGUUCUGUUUCCUCAAAAAAAUCACCUACUUUGUACAGAGUUUCAGGAAGAGGUUUUUGUUCAUUAGCAAAUGAAAAAAUAAAAGAAAGCAGUGAAACAUUGAUUACCCCAGUUUUUCAGAUUGCUACAAAUCAUUUACAUAAAGUCGCACUCAAAGAUCAAAAUGGAGUUCACACUUAUCAAGAAGUUUUACGAAAAAGCUUGUUGCUGGCUAAAAAAAUUCAAGAAAAAAUUGGGGUUAAUAGAACUCAAGAAAGAAUUGUUUUCUUAUGUCCUAAUGAUGUCACCUAUGUUCUUGCUCAGUGGGCAUGCUGGGCUUCAGGUCAUAUUGCCGUCCCUUUGACAACAGCACAUCCUCCAUCGUUGCUGUCAUACUACAUUCAGGAUUCAGAAGCUUCCUUGGUAAUCACUACGUCAGAUCGAGCUAAUGUGGAGCUAAUGGCGACCGUGGCUUCUAAUUUAAAUAGUCACCUCCCGUUGUUGGUUAUUGAUGAUUCGUGGUCGCAGCAAAGCUCGACGAGCAAUCGCACUGUUUCAGAAAAGAAACCCGAAAACAUUUGUUCAAGCGUUCGGGUGGACACUAGUCCUCCAUCCAUUGAUUCGACAUUAACCGGACUUUUGAGCGAAUUCUCUAUGCCCACAAGCUUCUACCAGCAAGCCAAUGCGAUGAUUCUGUAUACCAGUGGUACUACAGGGAAGCCUAAAGGAGUCUUAUUGAGUCACGCUAACGUAGACUCCCAAGUCCGUUCCUUGAUAACUUCCUGGGCGUGGUCCCCUGCAGAUGUAAUUGUCCACACAUUGCCGUUGUAUCACACACAUGGAAUCGUUAAUGCUCUUCUAUGCCCGUUAUAUGUCGGGGCCAGAUGCAUAAUGCUGCCAAAAUUUGAUGCUAGUGCCGUAUGGGCUAACCUUUUAGGUAUAAACAUGUCGAAUAGCGAGCGACCGACUGUAUUUAUGGCUGUCCCCACUAUUUAUUCAAAACUUAUUACCGAGUAUCAGCGAAAAUUUGCUGGAAAUCCUAAACUUAAAGAUUAUGUUAAAUCAACUUGCUCUUCGAAGAUGAGAUUGAUGGUCAGCGGUUCCGCCCCUUUACCAGAGCCUGUAUUUCAUCAGUGGCAAUCCAUCACAGGGCAUAAGUUAUUGGAGCGCUAUGGAAUGACUGAGAUUGGAAUGGCUUUGUCUAACCCAAUCAAAGGAGAACGUAGACCUGGUCAUGUGGGACUGCCUAUUCCUGGCGUACGUGUCCGCAUCGCUGAGUUCAAAAUUAGUUCAGAUGGUGCUAAAGUAUAUUACGACAUUUUAGCAGAGGGCAACCAUAAAGCCACAAAAGUUGAACCUGGCAAGGCUGGUCUAUCGGGCGAGUUACUCAUUCGGGGUAACAGCGUUUUCCAGAGUUAUUGGAACAAACCUGAAGCUACAGAAAAAGAAUUCACAAAAGACGGAUGGUUCAAAACAGGAGACAUUGCCCAGUUUAAUAAUGGCUACUACAUCAUUCUCGGAAGAGCAUCUGCUGACAUUAUUAAAUCAGGAGGUCACAAACUCAGCGCCCUUCAAAUCGAGACAGAACUUCUCGCUCAUCCACAGAUUGACGAUUGUGCUGUGGUUGGACUAUCCGAUCCUGUCUGGGGACAACUGGUGGCUGCUGUAGUGGUACCGAAUGAGAAAAGUAAACUCAAGGUUGAUGACCUCAAGUCUUGGUGUAAGAAACAUGCACCUUUGGCCCCUUAUGCUAUCCCCACCGUUUGGAAAGUAGUAGAUUCGAUGCCUCGGAACGCUAUGGGUAAAGUCAACAAAAAGGAUUUGAUUAGCCAGAUAUUCCCCGCCUCACCUUCCUCAACGUAAACCUAGCUACAUUAUGACUGUGCCAAUUAUUUUAUUUACUCUGUGAUUAUGAGCUUGCCUUUGCUGUAUAUUCCGAAUGGUGUUUAUUAUCACGUUGACAUUUCUUUCAGGUGGUGCAAUACAAAUUCAGGCAUUUAUCAGAA